GCUAGUCGAGCUCUGAUGCAGUUGAGCGAUCUCUUGUCUAGUGAUCAUUUUAUAGUUAUGCAAACAACGGACGAUGCUAUAUACAGGACAUGGACGUCAAAACACACUUGAACAAUAGUUUGGGUGACCAAAAACCGAUGCGCGAUGUUAGCAAAGAUCGAUUUGUGGGGAAGAAACAGUGGCCUUACGAUGGAGCACCUACGAUAGUGUAUGAACAAAGUAAUGGGGUAUUCAUUAGAAUAGAAGACAAUACUGAUUACAAAGCGAAUCAGGUCUUCCAAGAAAGCCCUCUCGAUUUAUGUGUUCGGAAAGAUCACUGCAGUGAAAUUCAAAGCAUAGUUCCGGUGCGAAAUGUCUCGUCAUACCCAGAAAUUCAAGAAACAGUAAUUACGGGAUCCACCCACAACCAGCAGCCGAGUUAUGCUCAAACACAACCGACCAAUGAUCCACAAGUGUACGAUGAUGAUGGUGCUGACAUAAGAACAAAGCAAAUCGAACAAUAUAUUCAACAAUCCUGCCCUGAUGUCGUGCAGAAGGUUAACAUCGAUCCUUUGUGCAAAUUGCAACCUGUACAGCAAGCAAACCUCAAACUUCCGACGAAUAAUGAUACGAAUGAGCUGCAAAGCGAAGUGGUAAUGACUCCAGAGCAACCACAGAGAGCACCACUCAAGCAACUGAUGAUCACACCCAACGCGGAGAAUUUGGGGACUCAGCAAGCACAUGAUUCCCUGACGAUUGCAGUACCUUCAACGAGUUACCCUUGCUACGAGCCAGUAUCGCCAUACGAUGCAGCAGAACCACCUCCGGAAUUGACUAGCGGAGAGAACAUUUCGUCAGCGCAACUAACGACUGACUUGGAUGAUACAUCGGAGCCUAGUUUGGCCACGGGCAUUCCAUCUACUAGCUAUGCCCAAGUGCCAUCCUUCGAUAUUGCUGGUCAAGCUGCUACACAGUCAGACCCAGCGACUCCAACCGUUCAAGACAUCGAUGCAUCAGAGAGACACGUCGAAGUUCCGAACGAGUACGUUCGGGAUAUCAACCCAGUCGAUGCCUCACAAGCCGAGGCAACUGAAAAGCUCAUCUCGAUGAGGAGGCAUAUCUCGUACGGUACCGGGUUUCAUUGCAAGAUCUGCAACCAGGAAUUCGGCAGAUCGGGUAGCUUGCUGCAGCAUUUGCGUGUACAGCACCAGGAAACUCGACCGUUCCGGUGUGACGUUUGUGGGAAAUCGUACCUCACAGAGCCGGACAUGCUUAAGCAUCGCCAGAACCAUGAUCCCAGCAUGAAGCCGUAUAAGUGCCAGGAUUGCGAGAAAACCUACCGACACUUGAAGGAUCGCGAUCGGCACUUCGCAAAGCACCACGGAACUCCGACGUAUGUAUGCUUGAUUGAGGGCUGUCUGAAGCCGUUCGUACGGAACGAUCACUUUUUGGCGCACCACAAGUCCCACCAGAACCGAUUGGAGCGGAAAAAGCGUCUAGAAAUCGAGAAUAAACCCAAAAAGCUGCGACGCGCGCCGCGGAAGAAUUGAAGUAUGACUUUCGUAAGUAAUUGGACAACGUUGGCGCUCGCAUUGGUUUCACUCUCGUUCGAUAUGUGGGGCCCUAUCACUAUCUCAUGCCCACUUGACGGUUUCCGCAUGGAACGACUGGAUUUCCUGAAUAAGAAUUUUCGUAGUAAUUGUUUUAAGAAAUACGUCUGAUUGACUGGUAUGUUCAUCGAGUAAUAAUAAAUCAUUUGCAAUGCAUUAUUUUAUUGUUUUUUACUCUUUUUCGUAGUUCGAAUUGCUACCUAAAAUCAAAUUGCAUCUCUGUCCUUAAAUUUCUUUGAAAAUUUUUCCAUGGUUUCCUCUCGCUUUCUUUAACCUUUUGAAGUCGGUUUUUUUCCAAGCGUUUUAUAGAGUUUUUUUCUACGCAUUUCUGUGGUUUUGGUGUUCAAUAGCAUAGAAAGGGUAGAAUAUGAUGCAGAAUAUAUUUUCUGGAUAUCCUAAGUCAUCCAAACUGUAUUUGAGUUUAGAUCCUUAAGUCUACACGUGUAACGGUAACUUCUUCUAUUAUACAAAGCAACGAUUUGUAACCUAUCAUGACCAGUAUGUCUUCUGAAAAUUCAAUAGACUGAAUCAGAUCAGUCGGGAUAUCCUAGGUCAUCCAAAUGGUUCUUGAGUUUAGAUCCUAAAGUCUACGGGUGUAACGGUAACUUCAUAUAAAGCUACGUUUUGUAAUCUAUAAUGUCCAGUAAGUCUUCUGGAAGUUCAAAAAAUAGUAUCAAAAUAGUUGGGAUAUCCUAGGUCACCCAAACUGUUCUUGAAAAUACAGACCCUGAAGUCUACGAGUGUAACGGUAACUUCUUUCAUUAUACAAAGCUACGAUUUAUAUUCCCUCACGUCCAGUAAGUCUUAUGAAAGUUCAAUAGACAGUAUCAGAUCAGUCAGAAUAAUCUAGGUCAUCCAAACUUUUCUUGAGUUUAGAUCCUAAAGUCUACGCGUUUAAUAGUAACUUUUUUUUGUUAUACAAAGCUACUAUUUAUGUUAUCACGCGCACGACCUGUAAGUCUUCUGAAAGUUUAAUAUACAGUAUCAGAUCAGUCAGGAUGUCCUAAGUCAUCCAAAUUUUUCUUGAGUUUGGAUGCUAAGGUCAAGGCAUGUAACGGUAACUUCUUUCAUUAUACAAAGCUACGAUUCAUGUACCAUUACGUCCAGUAAGUUUUCUGAAAGCUCAAUAGACAGUAUCAGAUCAGUCAGGAUGUCCUCGGUCAUCCUAACUGCUCUUGAGUUUAGAUCCUAAAGUCUACGCGUGUAACGGUAACUACUUUUAUUAUACAAAGCUACGAUUUGUAAUCUAUAAUGUCCAGUAAGUAUUCUAGAAGUUCAAAAGACAAUAUCAGUACAGUUGGGAUAUCCUAGGUCAUCCAAACUUUUCCUGAGUUUAGAUCCUUAAGAAUACGGGUGUAACGAUAACUUCUUUCAUUAUUCAAAACUACGAUUUGUAGUCUAUCAUAUCCAGUAAGUCUUCUGAAAGUUCAACAGACUAUAUCAGUACAGUUAGGAUAUCCUAGGACAUCCAAAUUGUUCUAGAAUUAAGAUCCUUAAUUCUACGGGUGUAACGGUAAUUUCUUUCAUUAUACAAAGCUACGAUUUGUAGUCUAUAAUGUCCAAUAAAUCUUCUGAAUGUUCAAUGGACAUCUUCAGCUCGGCUGGGGUCAUCCAAACUAUAAUGAUGUUAGAUAUCUAGCAUCUACAGCAAUUGAAGUUUCUGUUUUAGGUACAUAGAGAUGUUUUAUAAUUUAUUCAGAAUCGUACACAUUGUCCAGCAAUUUGGAGGAGGUAUACGACUGGGAGGAAAUGUUGAACUGUUGUGGCUUUCUCAGUCUAAAAGCAUUGAAACGGCUAGUUUGGCAUAGCCCGACGUUUCGGUCCCGUGUAUUGGACCUUUUUCAAGGGAUAAGUAGUCAACCGUCUCUCGUUAUUCGUGGUUGCAGUCCUUAUCCUCGGCCGCGUCCCACAUUUGCCGUCAGAUUUGUACUCGAGAUGUGUCAUAUCUUUACCUUACCUGGACGUUCUUGGUUGGAGGGAAGUUUAGUAUGCAUACCUGAAAAAUCUCAACGGUAUUUUGGAGUGGCUCUGAGUUUUACAGAAGUUCACGCAUCUGGAUGGGUUAGACUAGAUAAGGUAACUUUUUAUAGCACACAUGUUUCAAAGGUACAAAAUGGAGCCUCGUGGCCGUGCGGUAAGCGUCACCAAGUGUAUAAACGUACCAUGCCAUGGGGUGAGGGUUCGAUUCCCGUUCCGAGGGAUGAAACUUUUCGCAAGAAAUGUUUCUUCCACGUAUCCACUGGUGCUCGUAAUGUUUUACGUCUGUUUAUCUGUGUCUAUAGUGUCUAUAAAUGACAGUUGAUCCCAGCUGAUUAUGCAAUACUAUUGUUUAUGGUAAAAAUACAUAGUUAUUCUUGUAGACUUGAAGGAAUUCAUUUUAGGGCAGUUUGGACGACCCAGAACGCCCAAAGGUUUUAUAAUAAUAACAAGAAGACUUCAGAUUGGUUCGAUUCCCAUGGUUAAAUAUGCAGCGUUAAUCAGUAUGGCAGACAUGCCUGCUGUUACGAAUGUAGACCUGAAGUUCUGAACUCCAAGGCAGUUUGGCUGACCUGGAAUAUCCUUAUAGUGUCUAUAAAUGGCAUUGUAGAUUUCAAGAGCUUCAGGGAUCCCAGCAGAUUAUGCAAGGCUAUUAUUUAUGGCGAAAACACAAAAAGUUGAUCUUGUAGAUUUGAAGGACUUCAUUAUAGGACAGUUUGGAUAACCCUGAAUGUCUUAAAAGUUUAUUAUAAUACCAAGUAGGCUUCAGAUUGGUUCAGUGACCGCGGUUGAUUAUGCAACGUUACUCAGAUUAACAGAUAUGGCUGCUGUUACGAGUGUAGACCUGAAGUUCUGAACUCCAAGGCAGUUUGACUGACCUAGAACAUCUCUAUAGUGUCUAUAAAUGACAUUGUAGAUUGCAAGAGCUUCACGGAUCCCAGAAGAUUAUGUAAUGCUAUAUUUUAUGGCGAAAACACCUAAUAAAUGCAGAUUUGAAGGACUUUACUACAGCAUAGUUUGGAACACCUAGAACAUCCCAGAAUAUAAAACAAUAUUAACCCAUAUCCAAAUUCAGCUUUUAGAACUACUGGUAUGUCAAUAAGUUCGUUUUUCCAAACUUUAUGAUGUUCAGGAUGUUCUAGGUUGUCAGUGAAGUCUCAAAUACAAAUAUUCCCAAUUUCGUAAAUAAUGGACUUAAUUUGCAACAACUUUGCCAAAGACAGUAUUCUGUUUAUUGGAGCGGACCUGGUGUGAUGGUUAGAACACUUGACUAUCACGCCGAGGACCUGGGAUCGAAUUCCACUCCCGACCCGACAAACUCGCAAAAUGUGAGUUCUUCCUUCGGAAGGGAAGUGAAGCGUGGGUCCCGAGAUGAAUUAGCCUGGGGCUAAAAAUCUCGUUAAUACGGAUAAAAAAGUAUUCUGUUUCAUUGAAUGUGUCAAUUUAUACAGCCUUUUCUAUAUUGGGGUCAUAUAUGGCCCCUCCGCCUCCAAAGGGUAGAGGAAUUUCCGUUGGCACUAUUUCAGCACGUUUUAGGAAAUUUCUCAAAAGAUUCAUCUUGAAACUGGUUUAUGCUUGUAUUCGUUCAUGUAUUUAUUCAAACAUUUCUGAAGAAUUUCCUCUCGAAAUAUUGUAAAAGAUUUCAAAAUUUUGUAAUCUCUCCAAAUACUCCUUUAAAAAUUUCUAAAAAAAAUGUUCUAUUAAUUCCUCCAGGUCCAGAGGUUUUUUUUUAGCAAUUCCUCCAAACGGAGAAAUGUAUUACAAAUAUUCGAAUAUUCUUUCAGAAACUCCUCUAGGGGACAUUCAGAAAUUCUUCCGGAAACUUUUUCGGAAAUUAUUUCUUGAAUUUCUCCAGAUGUACCUUCAGGUAUAACACAAUUUGGUCAGGGAUUUUCUCGGGCAUUAAUUUGGAAACUCCUUUAGAAAAUUCUCAAGAGUUUUUUUUUCUCUGGGAGUUCCUUUCGGUAUUCCUCUGGAUUCAUUUGGACCUUCUUUCAGGGAUUCUUACAGAAUUUUUUUUCGAAAGGUUAUCUCAACAAUUCCUGCAGAAAAUACUUCAGAAUCUGUUCUUAUCGUUUUUCAAGUAAUCUUUUAAGGAAUUUUUCUAUGAACUUUUGCAGAGGGUUCUCCAGUUAUUUAUUUCUAUUAUGUAUUUCUAACAUUUCUUCCAAAAGUAUCUUGGAAUGAAAUUCGUCAGUGGAUCCAAAAAAAAUCCUCACUAUUUUUUUAUUGUUUCUGUAGGAUUUCCCUCACCAAUUUCACGUGGUUGAAGUGUAGGGAUUAUUGUGUACAAAACCCUUCAGAUAUUGUAUAAGAUUUUAUUCUGAAAAUUUCUUCAGAGGUAUCUUCAGGGGUUAUUCCAAGGAUAUCUUAAGAAAACCAUCCAGGGUUCCUUCAGAAAUUUAUUUAUGAAAAAAAAAAAGAAUUUCAUUGGCACCUUUGUCUGUGAUUUCAACAGAAUUUUCGAAUAGAUGUCAUCAGAAAUUCAUUUACGGAUUUUCCAGGUAUCCUUCCAGAAGUCACUAAAGCAUUUUUUCUUGGAAUUACUAGCAGAGUUGUUCCAUAAGUCCCUCAUGAUUUUUUUUCUCGAAGGAUGUAUCUUCAAAUAUAUUCCUAGAUUUUAUCUAAGGCAUUCAUCCAUGAAUUGCACAAGUGAUAAGUUCAGAAACUGCUUCAGAAAUUUUUGUUCAGGAAUUUAUACAGGAAAAAAUAACUUUUUUCUUCUAGGAGUUUUCAAGUUAAUCUCCAGGAGUUUUUAAUGCAUUUCUUGACAGGAGUUUCAAGUGAU